AUGCCUUUGGACACGAUAUAUCUGACUCGCCAUGGGCACCGCCUCAGCUGGACCAUUGACUUUCGCACGGGCACAUACAGGGCUCAAUUCCCAACGCCCACAGGAAACCCAGCAGACCCUGCGCUGACAUCGCACGGCGUCAAUCAGUCGUACGAGCUAGCAGAACACAUUGCUGGCCCCCAAUUCCACCCGAAGCCAUUCCGUGUCUACUCGAGUCCAUUUUACCGUUGCCUUCAAACAAUCCAGCCGUCUGUUGAAGAGCUCAAGAGAAUAUCUGCUGAAUCUGACAAGAACCAGAUAGAUGGCCAGAUUGGAUCAAUUGAUCGACAUGCGGAGCUAGACGUACGAAUUGAGAAUGGGCUAGGAGAAUGGUUCGGCGCGACAAACUUCUUCGACCACCCAGCCCAUCCAACCCCCGAAAUAAUGUCCACCCAUUUCCCAACCCUCCUCUCAGACGUCAGCCAACUCUACAAACCCCUCCUCAUCCCCUCAAGACGCGGUGAGACAAUCACUCAGCUUCAUAACCGCAUAGCGACAGCCCUGGAAGGCAUAAUCGCAGACAUCGACGCAGAAGUCUCCGCCCUGGAAGCAGACCUCCCACCAGACCAAAGAACUAGCAAGUCAGUUCUGAUCUGCGCACAUGCCGCGCCGCUCAUCGCGAUGGGACGGGCUCUUACGGGCCACAUGCCGGACGAUAGUGCUGAAGAGGACUUCAAUGUUUUCACAGCUGGAUUGAGUACUUUCAAGAGGAGAGGGGUUUCUUCCACUGCUAGUGCCGGACAUAGCAGUGACCAGAAAGAAAAUCUCAAUGAGGAAACGCUUGCUGAGGGUACGACAUUCCUUCGUGCGUCGGGGUCUCCGCCGCAAUGGAGGAAUGGACGUGGUGUUGGGGGUGGAUGGGAUUGCGUUGCGAAUGGGGAUUGUAGCUUUUUGAGUGGUGGUGCUGAGCGUGGAUGGCACUUUGAUGGCGAGGAAUCCUUUAAUAUAACCAUGGCUUCGCCUUCUGAGCCAUCUGCGAAUGUCGGGGCCACGAAGUUGUGA